AUGAUGAGCGAAGAUGAUCAGUUACAAGCAUUUGUUGAUCCCUUAAUUUUGUUGAAAGAUGCUGUUACAAGAGGGAAAAUAGAUGAAAUAAUUGAAUUAGAUGAAGAAUUUUGUUUUAAGUUUUACAACUGUGCAUUGAAUGUAAACACUCCCACUAGAUGCAGAAAUAGAAGAGGAGAGUCAUUAAAUUUAAAUGAUUUAUAUUUAUUUAUCACGGCUUCUAAAAACAAAAAAUAUACAAUGAAACUUGCUCAAGAAAAUGGACUAAAAUUUAUAAAUAUUUUGGAAAAGAAGAAUAUUUUGGAAUUUUUUGAUGAGUUCAUUACGAAAACAAAGGAUUCUGGAAUUCCUUCUACAUACUCCAUUGAAGAUUUGUCUAAAUUUGAAUGCAUAAAUACAGAGUUCUCUUUACAACCUUGUAGAAUAAUAGAUGUAAAAAAGAAAAUUAUAAAUUUAGAUUAUCCAUGGGUUGAAUACAAGCUUAAAACAGAUAUCGAAUCAAUCAGUGAGAAAGCCGGUGAAGAUACUAUAAAUUUAGAAGUUUUAAAUUCUAUCCAAUUGAAAAAUAAUGAUGAAAUUGUGUUUGGCAAAAGAAAAGUCAAUUUAAUUUCGCAGAUAUAUCCAAUAAAUAUUGACUACAUUUGUCAAGGAAUUGACAUGUACACUAGAAUCAAUACUUUACUAACAUUUAUGAACGAACCAACAAAAAAUGAAAGUAAAAAGAGAUCUACUAAUGCUAGUGCUUAUAUUCAAGAUAAUGCAGAUCAUGCAAAGUUAAAAGAUACCAGAAAGUUAGAUUCUAUGAAUUUUGGAAAAAGAAGUCUAGAUUCAUCUACAAACGCUUCAAAUAUAUCUAAAACAAGAAAUGUACCAAAACCAAUAAGUUCUCAACAUAGAUCAACAUUGUUAGCAUAUCUAAAUUCAAAUAAUCUAAACCCAAUAAUAUUAGUACCCCCAUCCUCUAGGAGCCCGAUAACACUGAAUAAUAUCAUUCAGUUCCUACGAGAUAAAGAAUUUGUAGAUCCAAAUAUAGCUAAGAGAAAUUUCGUUGGUAAUGAACAGACCGUUACAUUAAGUUUUGGUUCAGGAACUACUGUACAAAAGGUUACAUUUCGAAUCCUUGAAUCUACCCUCAACUUUAGAAAAAGGGAUUGGUAUUCACUAAUUGCAGUAUUUCUUACAGGGGCGGAAUGGCAACUACAAUCUUUCCCAUUCAAGACGAUUCAAGAUAUAUUCACUAUGGUUAAAGGGUACCACGUUACAUAUGAUUCAGAACCAAUUCCUGAAAAUAUCCGAAAAUGGAAUGUUGAUGUUGUAAGAAUAAACAGGACAAACCGUCAUAAUGAUCUUUCAGUUUGGUUUCAAUUUAUGGAAUCUAUCGAGUCAGUAUUAGCAUCUAGUAGAGACCACUCUAAAUUAGAUAGAAGUAAAUUGUGA